AUGACAAACAAAAAUUGUUUGGAAGCCUUAGAUCGGUCAUUACAAGACAUUUGUAGCAAAAAUGCUCCAUUUAGUGGAAAAGUUCUGAUCAUGGGGGGAGAUUUUCGUCAAGUUCUUCCUGUUGUAAGAAAAGGUACUAAGGCACAAAUGAUUUCAGCGUGUAUUGUUAAGUCUCAUUUAUGGAAUCAUACCAAGAUUUUGCGUUUGCGUCAAAAUAUGCGAUCAUUGCAUGAUCAAGAGUUUGCAGAAUUUCUUAUUCGCAUUGGUGAUGGUGUUGAACCUACCAAACCAGAUGACAUGGUGAGGUUACCUUUACAUAUUUCAAUUCCAUGGGAAGACUCAGUUUCAAGAGAAGCUAUAUGGCCCUUAGAAGCACAUAAAGAAGUUGUCUGGUCUUCAAAGGGGUUGGAGACUCAUGGCACUCCUUCCGAGCUGGCUUCAACAGUCACUUCUCUGAAGGCAUAUUUUGUUGAGAAGAAGGAGGCCCUUGAAGAGGCGAAAUAUUCUUUGGCUACCUCCGAAGAAGCUUGGAAAAUAUUAUCCACCUUGGUGAAGGAAGUUGAAGAUUUUCUAAAGUAG